CUGAAUCAAGCAACUACAUGAUCAGAUCUCUAUGUUUGUAGAUACAAUUUUUUCCUCUUUUUCGGUUACCAUAAACCCUAGUACUGCCGCCACAUCUACGGUAGUCUCCGAUUCUUUGAGGAUGAGUGCGGCUGAUAUGGCGCAGACCACCUUCUCCGCGUCGCUGAUCACGGUGCUUGCUUCCAACGUACCGAUGGGUUCGCCGCUUGCUGCUGCCUACGUCCGCUCAGCCCACCUUCUUGGCGCCGCUGACCAUGGUGCUUGCUUCCAGCGCACCGUUGAGUUCACCGCCCGCUGCUGUAGACCUCCAUUCUCUAGCCGAGUCCGGUUCGACCGCUCGCAUGGCCGUUCUAGAGCGCUACGCCUGUCCCACUCUCUCUGGCGACCCUGGCAUGUUCCCAUCGUCUUCUGCUGGGCCAGUUGGCCGUCAGCCGGGAUCCUCUCCGCUGCCCACUUCCUUCGCUGCUCUUGUCCAAGAUUGGUAUAGUUCGGUCCAUCUUGAAUUGGGUAUGCUUGGUAAGCUUGGUCCGAAAGAUUUGAAACGUGCAGCGACCGUGUGAAUAUUACAGUCCAUGCGUGCUGAACUAAUUAAACAUCUGGUACGCACGAGUAUAAGACUUACCAUUAUUGGAUUGACAGAGUCACUGUGAUUCAUAUCAUCUCAUAUGCCUUGUCGGUCGGGGAGGUGGAGUGCUUGGGCAUUUAACAUUUUGGAUGAAUAUAUAUGAGGCGUUGCGUUGGAGCCAUUCCAUUACGUUCCAGUGCGCGAGUUGAGGCAUUAAAAAUGGGACGGGCGCCGCAGGAGAUGUUUCUGAUAUUCAUAUUAUUGCUGUUGUUAUCACCGGAGAGUGGAGCUGCUGCUGCUGGAGGUGGCCUUAAUUACCGUGAAGCCCUCAACAAAGACAUCAUCUUCUUCGAGGGCCAAAGAUCUGGGAACCUCCCCUCUUCAAACUGCAUGACGUGGAGGAGGGAUUUUGCGCUCUCCGACGGCUCCCUCCAACACGUGGACUUGGUGGGAGGGUACUAUGAUGCCGGAGACAACGUGAAGUUCAAUUUCCCGAUGUCGUACACCGCCACCAUGCUGUCGUGGAGCGUGCUGGAGUACUGCUACAAAAUGAAAUCGCUUGCGUAGACUAUUAACAUGUGUUGUGUUUGUUAAUAGUUUUGUGAUGGUUUCCGUUUUGAACUCAAGGACAGAUUGGUAUAGUUCGGUCCAUCUUGAAUUGAGUAUGCUUGGUAAGCUUGGUCUGAAAUAGAACUUUGUGGUUCUCAACUAUUACUUGUAUUAUUUGCAUGAUAUACUUGUAAUGGUUUGGCAAUGAUGAGUCUCCUCACAACCUUGUAUUGCUACUCUACACCACCUAGGACCAAUAAAUUGGAGAAUAA